CUCCUCCUCAAUCCAUUCAUCGUAUCAAUCCUGACACUGUUACUCUCCGGAUUCCAAGAAUGCCACCAGCCCCUUCAUCCCAACGCGCGCUCGACGCAAUCCUUCCUCUCAUUGCACAGGGGCAAGCCUACGAGGCGCACCAAAAGGCGCGCACAUUCGCCUCGCGCUACAACAAAGCCGGGCAGUACGACACCGCGAUCGACGUGCUCUUCCAGUCCGCGCGCGAGCUGCUCAAGGCGGGGCAGCAGGGCAGCGGGACGGAUCUUGCGGGCUUCCUGCUUGAUGUGUACGAGAGCAAGGGCGAGGAGGUGAACGACGAGUCGCGAGGAAGGCUGACGCAGCUCAUUGCGUUGACGGGUCCGGGCGGGUCGUGGCGGAAGACGACGAUAGACAAGGCCGUUGCAUGGUCCACUAAGCAUGGACCCUGUCCCGCAGGGGACCAGAGCUUGAAUCACUACAUCGGGGAGCUACUAUACAAAGAGGGAGAGUUCGAAGCCGCAGAAACCCACCUCCUCGCCGCUGGCCAACGCGACAGUGCACGUGUCCUUGCACAGAUGAUGUUCGACUGGUCAGCAGCGGGCGCGCCACCGGGACUCUUCGCUCUGCGCGGUGUCAUCCCGUACCUGCAAAACGGUAACAUUCUCGCAGCGCGCACCUUCAUCACCUCCUUCGUCACCUCCCUCCUCUCCGCGCGCCCGUCCCUCCGCUCCUCCCUCGAACCCGCCCCGCUUACCAUCCCGCGCAGAGACGACGCGGCGGGAGGGUCCGACAGCGUCGAGUUCACGACGGACCCCGUCCUGAACUUUGCGCAGCUCGCGGUGGCGACGUGCCAGCGCGCGCAUGGCGAGAAGAACAAGACGAUGCGCGAGGCGUGGGUGCGCCUGUGCGGGACGUACGGCGCGAAGGGCGGGGUGAUGGCCUCGCGCGAGGUCAGGGCCGCUCUGCAAGAUAUCUCGACACUGUACUUCGCGAUCCCGCCGCCGCGCACGGCGCCGGUGAAUCCGUUUGGAGACAUCAUGUCCUCACUGUUCGGCGGGCCUCCUUCUGGCGCCGCCCAACCAGCCAGGAGAGUGCUGUCGCCUGCACCUGGGUCGGGGGCGAGUACGCCUGGAUUAGACUGAAGUUGAUGGAGAGUUGGGAAGGAACAUGUAAAAGACGCUCAGAGUUUGUUUUUACGCGUGUUUACAAGGCAGGGAUGUAUCAAUGCACAACGAUGCGGACAUGUCAGACCCAAUAGGAUAUCAUGCUAAUCAUAGCCGGAGAUAAAC